GAACAGUAUUUUCUUAAAGAAAACGCAUUUACAUAAGGCUUGGUACAAAUGCAAAUUUAAAUAUCAAAAGAGCAUUAAAACAACACUUUAUGGCGAUUAACUAGUUCUACGGCGAUACCAAAGCGAACAAUAUAACAUGUUGGGAAGUAUUCAAUCGGUAAAACAUGUAUGAAUGUUUUCGAUGGAUUAAGUUGCAAGGUUGAAGUAGUGGUGAUAAAGGGUUAGCUUUAACAACAUCGACAGUUACGCUACUCCGACUCGACCGUCUUUGGAUAAUUGAAAGUGUUUCUUCGUUGUGGAGACUUUAUCAAGGUAGAUCUUGUAUUUUCGGCCGGCUCAAACGCGACCGCAACCCGUCAAUUAACUUCUGGAUUUCUGGUGUCUAAGUGCACACUCGAAAAUAAUGUUUUCGACUAGUGGGCGUUUUAAUUGAAAAUCGCCGAUCCUGUGGAUCGAAAUUAUGAAGUGAACAGGUAAAACAGCAACGGCAGCCUAGCUGUGCAUGACUAGGAACUUGUAUUACUGUCUGUGAUAUAUAUAGCUUCAUACAGAGCCCUUACAAAAUGGACACGAGACUGAUGACUUACGAGUAUAGCCAAGUGCGGAAACUUCACCCCUCGAGUAACUCCGAGUGGAAACUUCAUCCCUCGAGUAACUCCGAAUGGGUAGAGAUACAGCUUAACACGUUCAAGAACUGGGUCAAUGAGAACCUUAAAGGCACCGGGCUGUCGGUGUUCGACCUGCGAACCGACUUUGGGGACGGCGUCCUCCUUGUGACGUUGGUGGAAUCGCUGCAGCGCCGGAAGUUACCCGGAUGUGUUCGCACGCCGCUUCAUAACCACGAGAAGCUGCAUAACAUCACCCUGGCUCUGGACGCUAUUGCCAAUGAUGACGUCACACUAAUUAAUAUAGAUAGCAGUGAGAUAACCGCAGGCAACACAAAACUGAUCCUGGGGUUGCUAUGGCAGCUAGUGCUUCGUUACCAGAUUGGGCUCACCAACUUCCAGCACAAGUCCUGGCUGUUGGCCUGGGUACAGGCAGUUAUUCCUGACUGCCAUGUGACCAACCUCACCACAGACUGGAACUCUGGCAUCGCACUGCAUGCUCUGCUAGAUUUCUGCAAAGGGGGUCUCAGUCCAGGCUGGAAGAAUCUUAAUCCACUGGACCGAACCAACAACUGCAGUGAAGCCAUGAAGCUUGCCCGCAAACAUUUCGGCAUCCCCCUGGUGUUACGGCCAGAGCACCUUGCAAACAGUAACCUUGACGAACUGUCUGCUAUCACCUACCUCUCAUACUUCACCAAGGUUGGAGCACCCGGAUACAAUGCCACCUUGCAGCGAAUACAGCCCCUAGUGAAGAACUAUCCAGUGUUCAAUUUUACUACUGACUGGAGGGAUGGGCGGGUGCUGUGUGAGCUGGUGCAGACGUUCGGAGGGUUGGUCCCCUCGUGGCCUGAACUCUCGGGAACCAACGAAACACGACUUAGAGAAGGAAUGAAUGGGGCCACUAAAUUAGGGGUCCAGCCCCUUCUCUCAGCGUCCGAGAUGGCCGUCGAGGGGCCAGAACACCUUGGCAUUAUGGCGUACGCUGCGAGGUUUUUAAGCUUAACUCCCGGAGUUAUAUCCUAUGAACACGCUUAUAAAGAAACAAAGGUUGUUACUCUGGAGGGGUCAUCAGGAACACUGAGCCAUCAAAACACCAUGUGGGGCUCGGCCGGUCAGCUGACCAAUGGUCACCAGAAUGGACGGCGGUCUAGGGACAGCUCACCCUCUAACUCUACAACCUCCGUAGGUGAGAGACGGCAGAUGGAGUACACUCUGGUACGAACGCCGUCAAUACGGCGCAAACAGCGCCAGCCCGUCGGGGCUACAGAGGGCGUCAAGAAGGAUACCUACUCUGACGGCAUCAUCAUCUAUACCACUUCCCACACAACUGUAACACCAGAUGACAUCAAGUUGGAGGCGCAGUCACCGACUGGGCGCCUUAUCAAGAUGAACGGGGACGGCAUGUACCAUGCACAGUUUGGAGCUGAUGAAAUAGGAGAAUGGAAGGUGACCUUGACCGUGAACAACCAGCAGGUGGACAGUUGCCUGGUCAACGUGUGUGACCCCUCACAGGUCAAGGUUACAGGUCUCAAAGCCAGCAUGACUGGCACACCACACAAGUUUAACAUUGACGCUUCCCAGGCUGGUAAAGGUAAACUUGAGGUAGACGUGAGCACAGAGGGCCGGUCAGUAUUGUGUAGUCUUAAGGAGUCCCAGCACCAGGUGUACACAGCCAGUUUCACACCACUGUCAGCGGGCCCCUACAAAAUAGCCGUCAGCUAUAACAAGGCUGAGAUUAGAGGUGAUGUCCCAAUAGGUCCAGGUGUAGAGGAGCUGCACAGACAGGCCGUCUUCUCCACCUCUAUGAAACCCCACCACGACCACUACAAAAUAUCUGCUUCAUAUGUUAACUACAAACAGAUUGAUCUAUGUGAUUGGCAGAUAGACUACCUGACAGGUGGCCCUAUAGACCUGUACAUCGGGGACACUGCAGACGUCCGUGUGUAUAGCAUGCAGGAUGGCACAAUCUGUAAUACGCCACAUCUCAUUGCGGAUGUGACGAACGCUCCACCAGGUGGCCAGUUGGAGGCAGAAGUCCAGUAUGGAACAUCUCGGUUCCCUGCAGAUGUGAUAGCUGACAAGCCGGGUCUGUAUAAGAUUGUAUUCAAGCCCCGCGGACCUGGCACAUACAGGAUAUACAUCAUUUACAACCGUAGGAUUGUCAAAGGAUCCCCAUUCAUCCAGGAGAUUGCUGAGCUGACCUCACCCUCAGCGGAGGGGCCAGGGCUACAUAAGGGUGUGGUGUCAGAGCCUGCUACCUUCAAGAUGGACGACCGAGGCUUCCCUGGAGAAGUGGCGGUCAAUAUACAAGGACCUCACUUCCCGAUUACCGGGCGGGUUUCACAGAACCCCGACCAGACCCACACUGUUCAGUAUGUGCCGGAAGAGGUUGGUAUUCAUCGGAUCAACAUCAAACUGGACGGGAAAGACAUCAAAGGAAGCCCGUUCCACCCCAAGAUAGUUGACCCCACCAAAGUGGGUGUGUCUGGGGGGUGGGGACCAGGGGGUCAGGAAAGGAUCCCGCUGUAUGUAGACAAGGAGAAACACCUGCCAUUUGAGGCUGUUAAUGCUGGGCCAGGAGAGCUGACUGCCAAUGUGCAUGGCCCCAGUGAGAAGGUCCCAGUGACAAUAGACGCUCGAGGUGACGGCAAGCACACCGUCAUCUUCACACCAAAACAAGAAGGCAAGCACUAUAUAGAUGUGUUCUGGAACGGGUAUGCAUUACCCCGGUCACCGUAUCAGGGGUACGCCACACAGGCCCCUGAUGAGCCUGACUUCCCAGUGGAGCGCAUACAGGAAGUCACGAUCAGGAAGCAAUUGAUGCAGCAAGACUCGUUCCGGCGGAAGGAAGACUCGUUCCAUAGUUCCCAACCACCAGGAGGGUACUGGGUGUCACCUGACAACGGGCCCAACAAGAUCUACAUCCUGGCACCAGACAAGAGUGAGAACAAUGUGGUCUCAGCUGUGAAUUACCCACCUACCAGAAUCCGAGUCCAGCGCCACGGCUCUGAUGUGAUCACUUCAAAUAAAGCCAGGCACUACGCCAGUCCCAAACGAACCGGCAGCGUGUAUUCCAGCAGUACUCAGUCUGCACGAUCAGAAACCACCAAACGUAAGGAGCCGGAUGUGGUGAUCACGCGUCUGCCACGCCCAAACAACCCUAUGUACAUGUACGAGGUGGAUCGACAGCAGACGACAUCAGAGAUGUUUGAGUACCAGACUAGCCCCCAGAGCUCCUCACCUCCCUCCAUGUCCCCCAACUAUGUAUACACCCAGCCUGUAAUUAGGGCACCAUCUAGUAUAACUGAUAGCAGUAAAGGGGGAAGUCCAAAAGUUGUGUUGAAGGGGCGGGGCCUGAAGGAGGCGGAGCUUGAUAAACCUGCCCACUUCACGAUUGAUGGGCAGGAGGCGGGGAACGGAGAGCCGGAGGUGAGGGUUCACAGUCUGCGGUCUGAGCCACCAGUCCGGAUAGAGACCAUAGGGCCAAAGCAGUACCACUGUACAUACACACCAAGGGUGCCAGGGGCCUAUCUACUGGACAUCAAGUGGAACGGCAAACCACUCAAGUGCUGUCCUUUCAAGAUUGAUGUCAAGAAACCUGUCUUCCCAGACAAAGUGGGCGUCAGUGGGGACAUGAAAGGAGUGUUGCUGGGCAAGGAUAUUGACCUGAAGAUUGACCCCAGGGAGGCUGGACAUGGAGAGCUGACGAUAGACUGCAAGGACCCUGAUGGCAAGGAUGUGCCGGUCCACCUGACUGACAACUAUGACGGCACGUACCAGCUCAAGGUCAGACCCGUCAAGGUCGGCAGGCACAUUCUCAACAUACGACUCAACAAGCAGCACGUGUUCGGAAGCCCGUAUGCCAUAGAGAUCAAGGGUCAGGCUCCAAAAGGCCCGGUGAAGGUGUGGGGUCCGGGACUGGAGAGUGGGGUCUUUCCAGACUACCAGGGACACUUCUAUGUGGACGCUACUGGGGCCGGGGGAGGGGAGCUACACGUCAGUGUCAUGGGACUCAAAGGAGCGUUCCACGUGGAGAUGAAGCGAGCCAGCCAGAAGGACAAGCUGUUCAACUGCCUGUACCACCCCCUGGAGCCUGGUAUCUACACCAUCAACGUGCAGUGGUCUGGCCAGCACGUCACGGGCAGCCCCUUCAGGGUCCUCGUUGCAGCAAACCAUAUGGAACUGCUGGACUACGAGGGAAGGAUUGAGAAGUCAAGGAAUUCAUCAAGGAGUUCCGAGAAGCAGUCCCCCAACAUGACACAGAACACCAUCAUGUACUAGGCUUUAGUAGGUGUACAAACUGAGGAAUGAGGAAGGAAUAAAAUCAAAAUGCAUCCUUCAGAAGAAAUGAAGACCACAGCAGCUGGAAAAGCAAAUGAACACAUUAGGCGCAGGCUGAGGAAUGAGGAAGAAAUAAAAUCAUAAUGCUUCCUUCAGAAAAAAAGGAGACCACUGCAGCUAGAAAAGAUGGUUUUGUACAUCACAAGCAAUUAUUUCAUGAUAUUGCAACAAAAAUUAAAAAAAUAUUUUCAUUCAUGCAAUUCUCUAUCCCAUACAAACUCUCACUUCCAUUGCACUCAUGAACAUGAAAACCUUAUUUUGCUGAAAUAUAGUCCAUUGUUUUGUAUAUCUCUUAGACCACACUUGAAAGAAUAAUGAAAUAUAUGAUGAUCAGUAAUUUAUUAUUUCCACACAUUUAUAAUGACAUUCUCAUCCCAGCAUUUAUUGUUACUUCAUACCCAAUUUACUGAUGAGUGAAACAUGGCUUUUUUAUAAUGCUGCAUAGAGUAGUUUUCAUAGUGCCCUAUUUUAUUACUUGGCAUAAUAUAAAUAUGUAUGAGCCUGUUCCAUUAUAUUCAUUUGAAUUUAUAAAAAAUUUAUAUAAUUGUUACAUUAUAUUAUGAUUAUUGAAAAUUAUCAAGUUCUUUGAAAACACAAGUCUUCAAACAUGUUUAUCAACUAUAUUUGUUUGCAAGGCCCAGCUAACUGGGGUAAUAAAGCAAUGCAUUCUCCAGCUAGAGUUAAUGAUUUCAGAUCCCAGCUAGGGUACAUAACUGUUGUGGGAAUUGGUCAUGAAAUUAUGUGACCACUCUCCAUUACCUCCCAUUUAAGAACAUAAACUAUUAAUAACAGACAUGAAUAUGGGCUAUAAGUACUAGUGAACCUCUAAGAUCUGGUAUGACAGGUCGGGCUGCAAAGACCUCGUGAAGAGGCAAGUAGGACCUGAAAAUAACUCUGAUAUUAUACACAGAUCUGCUUUGCCUCUCUUUGGAAAUUGUAAGUACCGGUAGGUUCAAUGGACGCCUUUGUAUGUCUGUUAUAUUACCUUGCAGUAGGACUAGGUGAUGGGGGAACAUUAACACCUUAAGAAACCAAAUAAUUGUCAAAGUGAUAAAUACUAAUUUGUUUGCAGGUAAUAUAACUUAAGAAGAAAAUUCUGUCCAAAUAGAUAGGUAAUUUGCGAGGUUUCACUAGUUUGACUUAAUCUUAUGUUAUUUACUAAAGUGUUGUGUAUUCAACAUUUGAAUAAGGAAGAAGAUUUGAAUAAGGUAGAAUUUUAGUAUAUUUUGCUUAAGCACAUCAUCAAUAUUUUGAGCAUUUAAUAAUUGUUGCAAAAUAUUUGUUCACUUUCAUAGCUUAUUAAAAUUUAUGUAUUCCUUCAGGCUUUUCAUGUAAACAUUUAUUUGUUUGGUGCUAACUCAAAAUUUGAGUGUACUUUGUAUUCUGUAUGCAUACUUUCUAUGACAACAGAAGCUGUUUAUAUUUAGAAAAGUUUAUUUCAUGUACAACUUAUCAGAAUGCUGGCGUUAUUGUCAGUAUUCAAUUAGUUGUAAAUAUUGUCAACCUUUUUUAUGUCAGUUAUUGUCGUUGAUUUUCGCAGCAUGAAUUUGCAUUUAUUGAGCUUAAAUUGGUCUUUGUCAAUUAGCCUGUUUUCAUGUGGGCAUCUAAGGGGAAUAAAAACCCAUAUCUUUAGUACAGCUUUUGAUGAUUCUUUCAAUUAGGAGUGAUGUCAUCGAAUUUGUGUGACUCGCUAAUUUACUCAAAGCAUACAAUGUGGGUUUGUUCAUGCACAAACAUGAGCAAACACACAAACUUUGCAUGCGUUUUGAGUGCUAUUCUCUUUCACAAUUUUAACAAACAUUUAUUUGUUCAUGUAUUUGAAUUUUACAUACAUGUAUUAUGACUUUUUAGAGCAGUUAUUUGAAUUUUAGUUUUAAAUAUGUUGUAAUGAAUGUUUAGUUUGCCAAAAUAUAUAUGUAAAUACACAGUUGCUUCAGUAACGUUAUUUUAUUAUUUCAAUACCUUACAUAAUUGACUGCAGAUAUAUUAUGCCUAAAUAAGCAAUAUAUGCAUACAUAUUAUUAAUUAUAUAUGUGAAAAGUAAAUGUAUAUCUAUAUAUUGUGUCAAUAAAUAAUACUGCUUUUA